AUGACGACGCUGAGCGGCCUCAGGGACAUCGAUUGGACGGCGCAGUGCGAUACGUACACCCAAGAGUUCUUCCGGAACCCGAGCUUACCGGUCCUCUGCUUCUACCACUCGCGCGGCGUCCUGACCGCGAAACACUCGUUCCCUACGGUGACCGUGCGCGAGCUCAACUACUUCGCGAGGCUGCACGACGAGGUCUUCCAGCCGGAGGACUUCCGUGAACGCGUUCUCUUCGGCUCGGUGAACGACAGCGCGGAGAACCAUGUAUUGACCGUCGUGCAGAACGUCUUCGCGCCGAUCUUCUUCACGAUCACCACCUGGCCCGACACGAACUUCUGCACCAAACUGGACACCUUCCUGUGCGCUUUAACGGACCUCACGUACAAAAUGCUGGGCUUAACCGUGAUAUAUGUACCUCUGGAGAGUAGGGAGCUCACCGUGGAGGAGGGUACCGCCGAUAAGGAGUUGGUGAAGAGACUGGAGGGUAUGGUGGUUCACUGGGACACCCAAAUCAAAACAGCCCUCUCCGAACAGGAGCAGGCGGCGCCGCGCGAGUUACCGUGCCUCAACGACGAAUAUGACUUCUGGACUUAUCGAUAUGACAAUCUCUGCGGUUUAAGCCAUCAGCUGCACAACAGCACGGUGCAGCGUAUCGUCGACAUAUUAGUAGCCGCGCAGUCCACUUACAUACGUCAGUUCCUAACGUUGAGGGACGAGAUCGAACACGGUAUAGUCGAAGCGAAAUCGAACAUCGAGUACCUCGGCAUUCUCGACGACACCUGUGACGAAUUGGAGGGCUGCAAGACUCUCGCGAGCGUCAUUGAGUAUCUGCCGAAAAUGAUACACCUCUUCAGAACGAUUUGGCUGAACUCGCCCUACUACAAUACGCGAGAAAGAAUAGGCGAUCUCUUCAGUGCGCUCAGUAACCAGAUCAUCAUAAUAUGCCAAGAUUUUGUCGAUUUCUCAGAUGUAUUCGCCGGGAGAACCAAGAAGAGCACGAGUGUUCUCAGGGAGUGCAUCAAACUGUGCCUGGAUUACAAGGAUCUGUAUCAUAAAAUCGCGAACGCUCACAUCAAUCUCACACGGCACCCUUGGGAUUUAGACGCGGAGAGCAUAUUUCGUUACGUCGACGUUUUCAUCGGCAGGUGUCAGGAUAUGAUCGGGAUUUGUCAAGCAAUGAUUGAUUUUGCAAGAUUGGACGAGACCACUGAGAUUUCAAAUCCCAAGUUCAGCGGCACAAACGGCGAGGAGUACGAGAGAGUGUGUCAAAAGAUCGAGAGACUCUUCUACGAAGCCCUGCAGAAAAUUGAGACGAACUCGCACAAGAUCUUCGCUGUUCACGAUCCUACGUGGCAGGACGAUAUGUUCGUGUUUCACGCCGAAAUUAGGGAUUUGGAGAUAAUGAUCGAAAACCUGAUCGCCACCGUCUUCAGUGACGUUAACAAUGUGGAGGAAGGGAUCGCGGAUCUGCGAAGUUUCUACAAUUAUUCGAGCCGCGAGAACUUGAAAUCCCUCUUCGAGAGCAAGAACACAAGCGUUUGGCAGAUAUUCGCCGACGAUCUCCAACGGACGAAGCUAGAAGUUCUGCACGAGCGAGAGGAAUAUCCGGCUAUCACGCCGUACUUCGCCGGCAGAGCGUUGAAUCUUCGCUCGAAAGGUGACCGCUUGCUGUCGACGCGGAAGAAACUCGAGGAAGCCGAGUGGAUGCCGUACUGCGGCAUGAGCGUGGAGGUCUAUCAUCAGCAGGACAUCGUAAUCAGAUCCAUCGAGGACACGGUGAAGAAUCUGUACCGGCAAUGGCUGGACGACGUCGGCGAGAAUCCGCGCUCGCGACUCGAUCGCUUCCUGAUGCGACGGAGCGACGACAGAUCCGGCCUGCUCGAAUGCAAUAUUGACCCUGACAUCGUGAAUCUCUGCCACGAGUCGUUCUACUGGAUCAGCCUGAAAUUCACCAUUCCCGUGCACGUGCAAAUAAUACACGACAAGCAAGAGACGUUGCAUUACAUACGAGAGAGCGUCCACGCCGUCACUCUUGCGUACAACAAGAUUAUCGAAGCAUUGUCACUGACGGAACGUGCGCUGUUUCACGAAUUAAUUCGGCAGCUCGACCGGAAGAUCAAUCCCGGCUUAACCAAGCUGACGUGGAACACGGAUUACGUGGACUCGUACAUCGAGGAUUGUUUCAACGAAACGGCCAAUUUCCAGGAGUUUAUCGACACUUACAAGAACUCCAACUCCGAGAUCGUAAGAAUCAGCGAGAGCAUCUGCGACACCCCUCUGAUCAGGAUAAGGGUUAAUUACACGUACACAUUGGCCGCGCUGGAGCGGGAGCUCGUGCACGUAAGAAACGAGGCGUUUCAGAUCAUGACUCAGAGACUCGAUGUGAUAUUUCGACACGUUAUGGAGAUCUACAGGGGCUUCAAGGACGUGAUAGAAGAGAGUCGCGCACAAUGGGAAGAUUAUAUAAUGAAGAUCGAUAGGGUGAUCGAGCAAGCCAUCAGAUUAUGUUUGGAGAGUUCUUUGACCAUCAUGUAUGAAGCCCUUCACGGCACAGGCACGACAGAACCCUCGCCUCUUCUAUUGGUGCAAGCGGAUAUUAUCGAUAACAAAAUAAACUUUGUGCCGAGUCUCUCGGAGAUAGCUACGAUAAUAGGGAACAUCUCGAAUAUUUUGCUGGAGCCUCUAAAAGAUGUCUCGCGGCUAGCUAAAAAGUUUAAAAUUCGAUACAAGAGCAUGCCCCUGUCGAAGUUAUACGAGCAGGACAAAGAGUUGAUCGAACUCCAACAGAAACUCAAUAACGAGGUAACUUACAGUUCCACCCAAAUACAAACUUAUCUCAAGAACUGGGAGCCUUUCAAGGAAAUAUGGGAAGUGAACAAAGACCUGUUUAUUCAAAGAUAUGAAAAGUUAAAACCAACAGCCGCAUCUUUCGACAUGGACAUAAACAGAUAUUUCGACCUGAUAACUAGCGUCCAACUGCAGGAAACGAUGUCGACGGUACACUUCCUCGAUAUAAAUUCCGAUGGGUUGAAAUCCACCAUCAUUGAACAUUGUUCGGUCUGGCAACAGAAGCUCACCACGCUUUUAUUCCGCAUCACCGAUAGAAUGAUCAACCACGUUUACCAUUACAUCGCUGACAAUUCCACGAAAAUAACGAAGGAACCGGCGGAUCUCAUCAGCAUGCAAUCCGCGCUGCAAUUGUUCGAGAGGCUCACCGCCGAGAUUCCGAAAGAGGAGGAAGAGUUCCCCAAGAUCGUGGAGCAGUACCAAAGUUUGGAAAGAUACGAGGUGCCGCUGACUCUCGAGUUCAAAAGAAGAUUAAGAGACAUCGAGCGUUCCUGGGAGGCUUACUUGGACUUGUUCGCCAUGUGCGAAGUUACGCUACUCGAGAAAAAGGAAGAGUUUAAGCAAAUAUUGCUGGCUGACGCGACAACGUACCAAGAAGAUGCAUCCUCGUUGGUGCGCAAAUUUAACGAUACCGGGCCCUUCGCGUCCGAAUGGAAUUCAAAGGAGGCCUUAACUUGGCUGACAAACUUUCGGAAGGAGAUUCACUCUAUGAAGCACCGGGGGAGCGUACUGAACUCGCAGCUGACGUUUUUCGGCAUAAGUCAACUAGAUGCGAGGGAGCUCGCGCAACUCGAGAAAAAUAUGACGAUGAUCGAAAUGGUGUGGCAACUGACGGACGAGUGGAACGACACCUGGGAACGCUACAGGACCGAAAAUUUCUGGACGAUAGAAACGGAAAAGAUGGACGUGACCGCUAAUCUCCUGCUCCGGAAGCUCACGAGACUCUGCAGAGAGCUGAAGGAAAAGAAUUGGGAGGUCGUCGAGAACACCAGGUCAAGGAUUGAUAAGUUUCGGCGUAUGCUGCCGUUAAUUACGGAUCUGAAGAAUCCGGCGAUGAAAUCGAGGCAUUGGAAGCGAGUCAAGAACACGGUCGAUCGCGAUUUCGACGAGACGUCGGAAGAAUUUACUCUGGAUGUGAUCGCUGAGUUGCAAUUGCAGAAUUUCGCGGAGCAGAUAAACGAGAUCUCGAACGCGGCCACGAUGGAGCUCGCCAUUGAAGUUGGCUUGCGGCAUAUCAAAGAGACCUGGGAAACGAUGCCGAUCACGAUGGUGCCGUACAAAGACAGAGGAAUAUACAGGUUAAAGGCACUCGAUGACGUAAUGGAAACACUGGAGGAUCACCAGGUGCAGCUCUCGUCUAUGAAGUCGACGAGGUUCGUGGAGCCGUUUGCCCAGGAAGUCGACUACUGGGAACGGACGCUGUCGACGAUCGGCGAAGUUCUGGAAAUGGUGCUGCUCGUACAGAGGGAAUACGCGUACCUGGACAAUAUAUUCACCAGCGAGGACAUCAGGAAACAACUCCCAAAGGAAACGGACGAUUUUGACAGGAUGACGAGCGAAUGGACCGAGCACACGUCAAGGAUGGCUAGCUACGGUUUGGCGUUGCCGGCCACUCACGACCCACCCGACUUUCUGGAAAUCCUGAACAAACUCAAUGACAAGUUGGAGGCGUUGCAGCGGGCGCUCGAGCAAUACCUGGAGACAAAGAGACGCGUAUUCCCGAGAUUGUAUUUCGUCUCGAACGAUGAUCUACUGGAGAUCCUGGCGCAUUCCAAGCGGCCGGAUCUCAUGCAGCCGCAUAUCAGAAAGCUCUUCGGCAACAUCAAGUCCUUGAAACUCAGCAAGUCGAUCACUGGGAAACCUUUCGCCGACGGCAUGUACUCGGGCGAGGGAGAGUACAUCGAGUUCGUCAAGCCGAUCAUACUGGAGGGCCAAGUCGAGCAUUGGUUGCUCGAUGUCGAGGCCGCGAUGAGAGUGACCCUGCGCGAAGUGUUGAGGCAGUGUCGGACGGAGCUGCGAAAAACGCAGGCGAAACGCGACAGGUGGGUGAAAGAGUGGCCGGGCCAGCCUGGCAUUACGUCCACUCAAAUCCAAUGGACGAGCGACUGCACGCGGAGCCUGCAGCACUGCAAGUUGGCCGACUCGAAGAGGCCAUUGAGGAAGCUGAGGAAGAAGCAGAAUCAAGCUUUAGACAAAUAUUCGGAAGCUAUACGGAGCGACCUGAGCAAGCUCGACCGGCUGAAGUUCAAGGCCAUUGUCGUGAUCGAGAUACACGCGAGAGACGUGAUCGAGAGAAUGUACAAAUUGAGACCCGCGGGCACUGGGAAAACUGAAACGGUAAAGGACCUCGGGAAAGCGCUCGGUUUCAACGUGAUCGUGCAGAACUGCUCGGAAGGAUUGGACUACAAAAGUAUGGGUAGAUUAUUCUCCGGGCUGGCGCAAUCCGGCGCCUGGGGAUGCUUCGACGAAUUUAAUCGGAUUAACGUCGAAGUGUUAUCAGUAGUGGCGCAACAGAUACUAUCGAUACUGACCGCCCUCGCCCAGAGACUCACGAAAUUCAUUUUCGACGGCGCCGAGAUAGCUCUGAUACACACCUGCGGCAUCUUCAUCACAAUGAAUCCUGGUUACGCCGGGCGUACCGAACUUCCAGACAAUUUAAAGUCCAUGUUCCGGCCAAUCUCGAUGAUGGUGCCGGACAGUAGCAUGAUUGCCGAAAUCAGACUGUUCGGCGAAGGCUUCCAAAACACGCGCACGCUGGCCAGAAAGAUCUUCACAUUGUACUCACUCGCCCAGCAGCAACUCAGUAAACAAUACCAUUAUGACUUCGGUUUGCGAGGUAUAGUGACACUGGCUCGCUACGCCGGGAAAAAGAAGAGAUUGUAUCCCAAGCUGCCCGACGAUGAGGUGAUUAUUCUUGCCAUGAGAGAUAUGAACGUCGCUAAACUUACCUCGGACGACCUGCCGUUGUUCCUCGAUAUCGUCACGGAUCUUUUCCCCCACAUGGAUGUACCGAGCGUGGAUUACGCGGAAAUGAUCAGUUACAUAACCAACGAGGCAAUCAAGCUGAAGCUGCAGCCGAUUCCCAUGAUCAUCACGAAAGUCAUCGAGCUAUACGAGACGAUGGGCUCACGUCACUCGACGAUGAUCGUCGGCGCGUCCAACACCGCGAAAACCGCGACCUGGAAGAUUCUGCGGAAUACGAUGACGACAAUGAAGAGCGAUGGAAAGCCGGGCUUUAACACCGUUCACGUACAUCCCAUUAAUCCUAAGGCACUGAGUCUCGGUGAACUCUACGGCGAGUACAAUCUUUCCACCGGAGAAUGGCUCGACGGAGUGAUAUCGUCCAUCAUGCGGAAAACUUGUUCCGAGGACACCGCCGAUGAAAAGUGGAUCCUCUUUGACGGGCCCGUGGACGCUGAUUGGAUUGAGAACAUGAACAGUGUCAUGGAUGACAACAAGGUACUGACGUUAAUAAACAACGACCGUAUCACCAUGCCCGAGCAAGUGUCGCUGCUCUUCGAGGUGCAGGACCUGGCCGCGGCCUCGCCCGCGACUGUCUCCAGAGCGGGCAUGAUUUAUAACGAUUACAAGAACCUCGGUUGGCGUCCGUACGUCGACUCGUGGCUGCGGAAGUACGACGCGACACCCGAGUUCGUCGAGGAGAUGAAUCAGCUGUUCGAGAGCCACGUUAACGGAGCGCUGGAAUAUAAACGGCGAUACUGCGACGAGAUCGUGCCCGUGCCCGAAUUGAACGCCGUUCAGUCGCUUUGCAAAUUGCUCGAGGUGCUCGCGACGCCGCAAAACGGUGUCGAGCUGGGCGAACAUCGCGACGCUUACUCCGUCAUAUGCAAGAUGUGGUUUUUCUUUUGCAUGAUAUGGUCACUGUGCGCCGCGGUCACCGAGGAGGGUCGUCACAAGAUAGAUAAUUUCAUAAGGGACAUCGAGAGUUCCUUUCCGUUACGAGACACAGUAUACGAGUACUUCGUGGAGCCUCGUCUGCAUACUUUCAUUUCGUGGGAGGAGAAAUUGACACAGGCGUGGAAGUUCCCGCCCGGAACGCCGUUUUACAAGAUAAUAAUACCUACCGUGGACACGAUACGGUACGAUUACAUCGUAAAUUCUCUCUUAUCGAAUGGCUUUCCGGCAUUGGUAGUGGGACCGGUGGGCACGGGAAAAACGUCCACCGUCCACUCGGUGCUCGAGCUCCUGGACGACGCGGAAUACGCUGUCCUUCUUGUAAACAUGUCCGCGCAAACUACGUCCAACAACGUGCAAGUGAGGCUCUAAACUCUAUAUCAGAUGAAUAAUAGAUUUGAGAACGCCGUAUGAAUACUUUACUCGUCGAUUCCUGCGUACUAGGAUAUAAUAGAAAGCAGAAUGGAGAAACGAACGAAAGGCGUUUAUAUUCCCACGAGUGGUAGGACUAUGGUCGUGUUUAUGGACGACUUCAAUAUGCCCAUGAAGGAAACGUACGGGUCGCAGCCGCCGUUGGAAUUGGUUCGACAGUGGAUCGAUUACGGAUUCUGGUACGAUCGCCGGAAGCAGACGAGGAGGUACAUUCAAAGGAUGCAAUUAGUAGCAGCGAUGGGGCCGCCCGGCGGAGGUCGCAACGUCAUCACAGAUCGAUUGCUCACGCGAUUCAACGUCAUCAACAUGACCUUUCCGGCCGAGAAGCAGAUCGUGAGGAUCUACGGCACGAUGUUGAAGCAACAGCUCGCCGAGUUUCACUCCGAAGUAAAGGGAAUAUCGAACGACAUCACAUUCGCCUCGAUCAACCUGUAUAAUCGCGUGAUCCAGAAGAUGCUUCCCACUCCGGCAAAGAUGCAUUACUUAUUCAAUCUGAGAGACAUCUCGAAGGUCUUCCAAGGACUGCUGCGCAGCCAUAAAGACUAUCAGUAUUCGAGGCAGACCUUUCUGCGAUUGUGGGUUCACGAGAGUUUCCGAGUUUUCUGCGAUCGACUUAUUGACGAGAAGGACAGAGAGUGGUUCGUGACUCAGCUGAAUGAUCAGCUCGGAAAGCACUUUGAGUUGACCUUCCAUAACGUCUGUCCAGAGAAGAGAUCUCCCAUUUUCGGUAGUUUUAUGAAUGCCUGGAAUAUAUACGAGGACCUGUCAGAUAUCAGUGCCGUAAGGCGCCACGUGGAGGAACAGAUGGAUGAGUAUAAUGCCUCACCUGGCGUGGUGCGCCUCGAUCUCAUUCUGUUCCGCGACGCGAUCGAGCAUAUAUGUCGCAUCGUUCGCGUGAUAUCGCAGCCUCAUGGUAACGUGCUGCUGGUCGGGAUCGGCGGUAGCGGUAGACAAUCGCUCUCGCGUAUUGGCAGUUACAUGUGCGAUCUGUACACCUAUCAAAUCGCCGUUACGAAGCAAUAUAGGGUGCCGGAAUUUCGUGAGGAUCUCAAGACUCUGUACUCAAUAGCCGGGGUGGAGAACAAACCGACCAGUUUCCUCUUCAACGAUACCCAGGCGGUGGAGGAGCAGUUUCUGGAGAUUGUCAACAAUAUGCUGAGUACUGGCGAAGUGGCUAAUCUCUACAAGAGCGACGAAAUGGAGGACAUUAAAACGAGACUAAUAAAAGAAGUAACGAAGGCUGGAAAGAUACCAACGACCGAGACGGUGUACUUCUUCCUGGUGGAGAGGGCGCGCGCCAAUAUGCAUUUGAUCCUGUGCAUGAGCCCGAUCGGCGAUGCCUUCAGGAACAGAUUACGGCAGUACCCUGCCCUGAUCAAUUGCACGACCAUCGAUUGGUUCCUGGAAUGGCCGAGGGAAGCUCUCCUCGAAGUUGGCAACAAGUUCCUCAUGAAUCUCAAUCUGACGCUCACUAUCACCGGCGAAAAUAAAGUGGAACCGCGGCAAUCCGCGACGGCUAUUCCAUUGCCGACGCUGCAGGACCGAAUGCGCGAUGGAAUUGCAGCAUCAUUCUCUUUGAUCCACGACACAGUGUCCAGGUUCUCUCGUAGAAUGGCUGCUGAAAUGAAGCGUUACAAUUACGUGACUCCCGUGAAUUUUAUCGAACUGGUGCUUGGCUAUAAAGAGAUGUUGGCGGAGAAGAGGCAAGAUUUAGCAGAUCAAGCGAACAAACUUCGCGGCGGUCUCUUGAAGAUCGACGACACCCGGGUGAAAGUAAAAGAAAUGGCGGCGGAGCUCGAAGUCACUCAGCAGCAAGUUCAUAAAUCUACGCGAGAGUGCGAAGAAUUCCUCGUAACGAUAGCAAGUCAACGCAGCGACGCUGAUGAAGCGCAGAAGGUGAUCACCUUCAAGUCGCAUCGUAUCGCCGAAGAGCAGAAGGAAUGCAAGGCGCUCGAGGAGCUCGCGCGAGCUGACCUGGCGACCGUCGAACCCGCAUUGAACGAGGCUAUCAAGGCGCUGGAGACUUUGAACAAAAAGGACUUGGCUGAAAUAAAAUCCUUCGCCCAUCCGCCGUCGAAGGUUGAGAUGGUAAUGGAAGCCGUGAUGAUCCUGAAGAACUCGGAACCGACAUGGGCGGAAGCGAAACGCCAACUUGGCGACAUAAACUUCAUUAAUACGCUGCGAGACUUCGACAAAGAUCAUAUAUCGGACCGAGUUCUGCGAACAAUAGCCAAGUACACGUCCGAUCCCGAAUUCGAUCCGGCAAAGGUCGGCCUGGUGUCUGUUGCAGCUAAGUCACUUUGCAUGUGGGUGAUAGCCAUGGAAAACUACGGCAAGCUGUACAGGAUCGUGGCACCGAAACGGGAAAAACUGCAGGCCGCCUUGGAGUCGCUGAGGCAGAAGGAAGCGGCCUUAGAGGAGGCGAUGCAGCAGCUGAAGAACUUACACGAGGAGCUGGAGAGAUUACAGCAGAUGUACGACGCGAAGAUGAAAGAAAAGGAGGAUUUGAUUAGGCUGGCGAGUACACUCGUGUUUCUUGCGCUUUGGAGCCCCGGAAAUGGCCUCGCUGAGCUGUUGAAGCUCAAGCUGGAGCGUGCGGGAAUGCUGGUGGACGGUCUCGCCGAAGAACGAAUCCGAUGGCAGAACACAGUGGCGUCGUUAACCGAGUCCUUCGAUCAGUUGCCGGGUGACUGCUUGAUAUCCACCGGGUUCGUGUCGUACCUGGGCCCGUUUGUGCCUAAUUAUAGGCAGGAGCUAAUGAGUAUGUGGUCGAAGGAGGUGCUGGCUAGAGAGAUACCGAUGUCGCCAAACUUAGAUGUGAAGGAGUUCCUGGUUGAUCCGCCAACAAUCAGGGAAUGGAACAUUCAAGGAUUACCGUCCGAUGGGUUUAGUACAGAGAAUGGCAUCAUAGUGACGCGAGCAUCGCGUUGGCCCCUCGUAAUCGAUCCGCAAAGUCAGGCGGUGAAGUGGAUCAAAAAUAUGGAGGCGAAAAACUCGCUGAAGGUAAUCGACUUUGGCCGAGCGGACUUUAUAAGGGUUCUGGAACAAGCAAUUCAGUACGGAAAACCAGUACUGCUCGAAAAUAUCGGGGAAACUCUUGAUCCGGUCUUAAAUCCGAUUCUGCAAAAAGCUUUCGUUAAAGCAGGCGACCAGAUAAUGAUGAAAUUUAACGACAAGUUGAUCACUUACAAUGACCAAUUCCGGCUGUUUAUGACCACGAAACUUUCGAACCCCCACUACGCUCCGGAGAUAUGUACUAAAACGACAUUAUGCAACUUUGCCAUUAAGGAGGAAGGACUUGAAGCGCAACUCCUAGGUAUCGUGGUCAGGAAAGAGAAGCCGCAGCUCGAAGAACAAAAGGAUAAUCUUGUCCUUACGAUCGCGUCCGACAAACGAAAACUCAAGGAACUGGAGGACAAGAUACUUUACUUGCUCAGCGUGGCAGGAGGAGCUUUCCUGGACGAUCCGGACUUGCUGAAUACUCUGCAAACAUCAAAAGCCACAUCUAUCUCUAUCCAAGAAUCUCUGGUCGUUACCGAACAGACGGAAAGGGAGAUAGAUCUAGCGAGAGAGGAAUACCGACCAUGCUCGAGGCGCGCCUCGAUCCUUUUCUUCGUCCUGAAUGACAUGAGCGCUAUCGAUCCCAUGUAUCAGUUCUCCCUUGACGCUUACAACGCGCUGUUUAUGCUGUCCAUCGACAAGAGCCCCAAAAGACUAAAGUUACACGACAGAAUCGACAGCUUGAACGAUUAUCAUACGUACACGGUGUACAGGAACACGUGCCGGGGUCUGUUCGAGCAGCACAAGCUACUCUUCUCUUUCCACAUGUGUGUGAAGAUAUUGGAUGCGCAGGGUAAGAUCAUCCCAGGAGAAUACGCGUUUCUGCUCCGCGGCGGAAUCGUGCUGGACCGGGAAAAUCAGCCGGACAAACCCGUGCCGUGGCUGCCGGAUGAAACUUGGGACAACGUCACGGAACUCGACAAGCUACCCGGAUUUCACGGAGUCGUUUCUUCUUUCGAGCAGUUCCCGCGAGAUUGGUACAAUUGGUACAUCAGCACAGAGCCGGAAGCUAUAUCGCUAGUCGGCGAAUGGGAGGAAGGGUGCACCGAGUUCCAGAAAAUGUUAUUCAUUCGCAGCUGUCGACCUGACAGAAUAUCUUUCUGCAUCACAAGCUACAUCGCGCGCAAUCUCAGUCAAAAAUUCGUAGAACCUCCUGUACUUGACCUAAAAGCAGCGCUGGAUGAUUCCGUCGCGCAGACACCAUUGAUAUUCGUGCUUUCCCCGGGCGUGGAUCCCACUAGCGCGCUUACGCAAUUAGCCGAUAGUGAGGACAUGACCAGUCAGUUCGUGACAUUGUCACUGGGUCAAGGGCAAGCGCCCAUCGCCACAAGUAUGAUAGAAGUCGGCGCCAAAGAAGGAACCUGGGUAUUUCUCGCGAAUUGCCACCUCUCGCUCAGUUGGAUGCCCGAGCUGGAUAAGAUCGUGGAGACGCUUGGUUCCAGACAAACUUUACACCCGAAAUUUAGACUGUGGCUUAGUUCGAGUCCGACUCCUCAGUUCCCCAUAUCGAUCCUCCAAGCCGGGAUAAAGAUGACUACCGAGCCACCGAAAGGAUUAAAAGCCAACAUGAAGCGCCUUUACAGCUUAAUCACCGAAACGCGAUUCGACAUGUGCCAAGAAAAGUCGAAAUAUAAAAAGCUGCUGUUCACGCUGAUCUUCUUCCAUUCUAUUCUCCUAGAACGGAAGAAGUUCCAACAGCUGGGUUGGAACGUUGUCUACAGCUUUAACGACUCUGAUUUCGAGGUUUCCGAGAAUCUGCUGCAAGUUUACCUGGAUGAAUAUCCAGUCACACCAUGGGAAUCCAUGAAAUAUCUCAUAGCAGGUGUUUGCUACGGUGGUCACGUGACCGACGACUGGGAUCGUCGGUUGUUGAUGACAUAUGUCCAGCAAUAUUUCACGGAAGAGGUCCUGACUACUCCCCAUUAUCGUUUGUCAUCACUGCCCACCUAUUACGUGCCUCGCGACGGUUCCUUAGAGUUCUACCGUGACUUUAUCGCAAUUCUGCCGAACGUGGACAAACCGGAAGCGUUUGGUCAGCAUCCAAACGCGGACAUCACUUGUCUGAUAAUGGAAGCUAGGGGUAUGUUCGAAACUUUGAUGAGUCUUCAGGUACAAACGGUCAGCGUCGAGAAGGACGAGAACAAAGAGGAUAAGGUGAGCAAAUUAAAUUAUGAAAUUUAAUAUAUUUUUUGUGAAAUUUCAAGACAGGUGACGCAGCUCGCAAGCGAUAUUCUCGCUAUGAUGCCGCGAACGAUCGAUUACGAGGCGACCGAGAGGCUGAUAGGACCGAAAAAGACGCCUCUAGAUGUGGUGCUUCUUCAAGAGAUAGGGCGGUACAAUGCGCUGUUGACAAAAACCCGCGACGGCCUCGAGGAACUUCAGCGUAGCAUCACGGGGCUGGUGCUGAUGUCACCGGACCUCGAAGAAAUCUUCGUGUGCAUAUACGAGGGCAGAGUGCCGUCUCUAUGGCUGACCGCGUAUCCGUCUUUGAAACUGCUGGGCGCUUGGACGAGGGAUCUAAUCAAUCGAGUCGAGCACUUCGCCAAUUGGGCUCAAACCACUCAUCCGCCGUUGCUCUUCUGGUUAGCUGCGUAUACAUUUCCGACUGGAUUCCUUACUGCGGUACUUCAAACUUCGGCGAGACUGUGGAACGUAUCUAUCGAUUCGUUGUCAUGGGAGUUUACUGUCUUCUCAACGGACGAGUCGGCUAUAAUCGAGCCGCCCAUGGACGGCGUAUAUAUACGCUCCAUUUUUCUGGAGGGUGCUUGCUGGGACAAAGAGAACAGCGUACUCGUCGAGCCCGCACCCAUGCAACUUAUCUGCGACAUGCCGGUGAUCCAUUUCCGGCCGGUCGAGCAAAUUAAAAAGAAAGUCAAAGAUAUCUACAAUUGUCCUUGUUAUUAUUAUCCUCAAAGAAGCGAUCAAUUGCAGUCCUCAUUCGUAGUCGCUGUGGAUCUUAAAGCCGGUCCACAGGGUUCGGACUUCUGGGUGAAGCGAGGCACCGCGCUUCUGCUGAGUCUGGCCGUGUAA